GAAAAUUGGAAGCCCGUUUCUCAUAAAGAUAUUUCUAUUCUAUACGUAGCAAUAUCAACAUUCCACUCAAACAUGCCUCGAUCUCGCAAACUAAAAAGAUUGCUGAAUUAUGAGGCGAGGAAAUUGAACGAAAUUGCCCGCGUCGAAAAACUUCCUGAAUUUUUACUUCUUCUACCUCUCGUACAAGACCCAUCUUCGACAGUACCUUCAGUUCUUGAAGCACAUGCGGCUCUCACUUCAAACACAAUUUCUGAUGCUAAAAAAGAAACUGCGGCAAGUAGAUCCGACCUCCUCGGCACCCACCCUUAUAAUACAUGGCUUGCGCUUCUUGUGCUUGUUGGUCAAACACCACCAACCAAACAAUCUAAAAUAGUCGAGUUCAUUCUUGAGCUUCAAAAGAUUGAACUUGUGGAUAAAGAUACAAACCCGUCUGAAGUAUUGAAGUAUUCUGAUGAGGAUAUGGAUUAUUACUGGAAAGAUAUGCCAGGCUUUGGAAUGGAGGUCCGGGGUAUCUUCAAUCUAGAUUUAUACAGCCCGUUUACAACAGAUGAACAAAAGACUGCUUAUGAAAAUCAAAAUGCAUUUCUGGCACAACUACUAGCAAAAGUUAAGAUCAAUACUGUGCCUGAGGAAUGGGAGAUGUUUGAUUACUCAGUUCAUGCGCUAUGGGUUUUGUGCGAGGCAUUUGAGAAUGAGGGGGGAAAGAAUAAGGAUUCGGUGACUCGUUCUGCCUGUUGGUGGCUUGUAUUUGCAGCGGAGAAACUAUGGUUCAAUGUUGUAAUUUGUAGAGGGAGGCCAGAUGAUACUGGAGUCGGCUGGGACUUUGGCGAAAACAAAGACUGGGUGGGUUAUAAUCGAGAGAGAUGGGAAUUCUGGAAGGAGUGCUUGAGAAAUGCUAAUGGGGAUGGGCAAACGAGUAUCUUGGUCAAGGAUGCUCUGGCCUGUAUGGAAAGAGCUACGGGGACUGAAUCUUGACGAGUUUAUACCGGUAGUCGGUCAAUAGAAUAUGAGCAUCAGACAUUCGCAUUUUGUUGGAAGAGAGGACCAGUAGAUGAGCCGCAGUAAACAUAUGAGGUUUAUCCUUUGGAUUAUUUCGUUGGUGGAACCUAGGAGCCUACAAAGAUAACACGUGUAGGAUGGUCUAGAUCUCGGUGGAAUAGCGAGAUUUUCUGGAUGAAUACCAUGAUUGAGAUGCCUUUUUUCAUUUUGAAACAGAAAAUUCGCGUCAUUGCCACCGCUUUGUCUAUGCUGUUUUUGAUCUCCCAUGCUAUUCUAGUGCGUAUUUCAUUUUAAUUUACUUUGGAUACGUAUA